AAACCAAAGAUCAUUGUGAAUUAGGGUUCACUGUGUCUCCAAAAGUAAGAUCUCUAUUAUCAAGAAAAUAGAGAUGGAAGAUAUACUUGGAGAAGAAAAUCAAAUCACGAAAACAUAGUAAUCAAAACCUUGAAGAUUUGAAGGAAACCAAAGUUGACAACUCCUAAAUAUCUAACUGAGUGAUCAUAGUCAAUCAUCCAUCACAAUGUACCAUCCAAACAUGUUUGAGAGCCAUCAUAUGUUCGAUAUGACCCCAAAGAGUACCUCCGAUAACGACUUGGGAAUCACCGGAAGCCGAGAAGAUGAUUUCGAGACCAAGUCUGGUGCAGAAGUCACCACUGAGAAUCCUUCUGGUGAAGAGCUUCAAGAUCCUAACCAACGUCCCAACAAAAAGAAGCGUUACCAUCGCCACACGCAACGCCAAAUUCAAGAGCUCGAAUCAUUCUUUAAGGAAUGUCCUCAUCCGGAUGAUAAGCAACGAAAAGAGUUGAGCCGCGAUCUCAAUUUAGAGCCUCUUCAAGUCAAGUUUUGGUUCCAAAACAAACGUACACAGAUGAAGGCACAAAGUGAGAGGCAUGAGAACCAGAUUCUAAAGUCAGACAAUGACAAGCUUAGAGCAGAGAACAAUAGAUACAAAGAAGCUCUAAGCAAUGCUACAUGCCCUAACUGUGGCGGUCCAGCUGCUAUUGGAGAAAUGUCAUUUGACGAACAACAUCUCAGGAUCGAAAAUGCUCGACUCCGCGAAGAGAUUGAUAGGAUCUCUGCUAUUGCUGCGAAAUACGUUGGGAAGCCAUUAGGAUCGUCUUUUGCUCCACUAGCGAUCCACGCUCCUUCUCGUUCGCUUGAUCUUGAAGUUGGAAACUUUGGGAACCAGACAGGAUUUGUAGGAGAAAUGUAUGGAACAGGGGACAUUUUGAGGUCGGUUUCGAUCCCUUCUGAGACAGAUAAGCCUAUAAUCGUCGAGCUAGCGGUUGCAGCUAUGGAGGAACUCGUGAGAAUGGCUCAAGUCGGGGAUCCUUUGUGGGUUUCAACUGAUAAUUCGAUGGAGAUUCUCAACGAAGAAGAGUAUUUCAGAACGUUUCCGAGAGGAAUUGGACCAAAGCCAUUAGGUUUGAGAUCAGAGGCGUCGAGACAAUCUGCGGUUGUUAUAAUGAAUCACAUCAAUCUCGUUGAGAUUCUCAUGGAUGUGAAUCAAUGGUCUUGUGUUUUCUCUGGGAUUGUGUCAAGAGCCUUGACGCUUGAAGUUCUUUCAACUGGAGUUGCUGGGAACUACAAUGGUGCUUUGCAAGUGAUGACAGCUGAGUUUCAAGUUCCAUCACCGCUAGUCCCAUCGCGUGAGAACUACUUUGUGAGAUACUGCAAACAACAUAGCGACGGUUCUUGGGCUGUGGUUGAUGUCUCUUUGGAUAACCUUAGACCAAGUACUCCGAUCUUAAGAACCAGAAGAAGGCCUUCAGGUUGUCUGAUUCAAGAAUUGCCUAAUGGUUAUUCCAAGGUUACAUGGAUAGAGCAUAUGGAGGUGGAUGAUAGAUCAGUUCACAACAUGUAUAAACCAUUGGUUCAUUCCGGUUUAGCUUUUGGUGCGAAACGUUGGGUGGCUACACUCGAACGACAAUGCGAGCGGCUUGCUAGCUCCAUGGCCAGCAACAUUCCUGGUGAUCUUUCCGUGAUAACUAGUCCUGAAGGAAGGAAGAGUAUGUUGAAGCUAGCUGAGAGAAUGGUUAUGAGUUUCUGCAGUGGUGUUGGCGCGUCGACUGCACACGCUUGGACAACAAUGUCGACAACAGGAUCCGAUGAUGUUCGGGUUAUGACCCGGAAGAGUAUGGAUGAUCCGGGAAGACCUCCGGGUAUUGUUCUUAGUGCAGCUACUUCCUUCUGGAUCCCUGUUGCUCCCAAACGUGUUUUCGAUUUCCUCCGCGACGAAAAUUCAAGGAAAGAGUGGGAUAUUCUGUCAAAUGGAGGUAUGGUUCAAGAAAUGGCUCAUAUAGCCAAUGGUCAUGAACCUGGAAACUGCGUCUCCUUGCUCCGAGUCAAUAGUGGGAACUCGAGCCAGAGCAACAUGUUGAUUUUACAAGAGAGCUGUACUGACGCAUCAGGAUCGUAUGUGAUUUACGCGCCAGUGGAUAUAGUGGCGAUGAAUGUGGUUCUAAGCGGUGGAGAUCCUGAUUACGUGGCUUUGUUGCCGUCUGGUUUUGCUAUUUUACCGGAUGGUUCGGUUGGAGGAGGAGAUGGGAAUCAGCAGGAAAUGGUUUCUACUACUUCUGGGAGUUGUGGUGGUUCGCUUUUAACCGUUGCGUUUCAGAUUCUUGUUGACUCUGUUCCUACAGCUAAACUCUCUCUUGGCUCGGUGGCUACGGUUAAUAGUCUGAUCAAAUGUACUGUGGAGAGGAUUAAAGCUGCCGUUGCUUGUGACGGUGGGGGAGGAGCGUAGUUUUUUCAGGUAUGAUUCAAUAAUAAAGAUCUUAACCUAAU